AUGGAAGGCCUGUUUACCUGCUUGAGAUGUGCGAGAGCACUUUCAGGUGCAGCUCGACAACGGCCCAGUGCAAGAUUCGUCCAGCAGAUCCCCAGCCGUCGAAGCUUUACCUCCAGCACCUCGUUGAAGCACACGCCGCGAGAUCAAUCGAGAACGGAACAAGCCCGAAGCUCCAAAAGGUCAAUCCGGUCUGCGUCUACCGCCACUGCUCCUGCAGAAGAACCAGACAACUUCGAGCGACACAACAUUCCCCCUACCGAUUACGGCGAGUGGCGUGCCCAUGGUCGAGUAGUCCUAGGACCCAAUAAUCUCUUCCAUCCCUUCUCCAGGUCGCCAAUCCCUGAGAUCCGGCAAAGAGCACGGUUCAUCAAGCAACAUGCCUUGUGCCCACACCCCGUGCAUCAACAGACACGCGUACCGAUUUCACCGCACGAUCCGGAAGCAAGGAAAAUUGAGGGUGUGAGCACGGAACCUCCAGCUCACGUUUCGUUUGAGUGCCCGGAUUGCGGCAUAGCGACAUACUGCUCGGAGGCACAUUGGGCGGAUGACUUUGAGGCACAUCUAGAAAUAUGCGACACGCUGAGACAAAUCAAUGAGGACGACCAUGAUCUUAGAUCAGGAAGAUGGUUCCCAGAGUUCGAGUAUCCUGGGCCGCAGAUGGAUGAAGCUUUGGUGAAUAUGACCAACUGGGAUACCUAUCUCUAUACGCGGCAGUAUGAGGCAGUGAACGACGAGAGGAGCAUGCGACAAGUAACGAAAUUGUUGACGUAUCCUCUCACGAUUGGGAGUGUUUUGCAUGAGCUGAGCCCAUACAACAUCAGGCCUGGUGGGCGAUUAACUGCCGAGGGACUGAAGAGUUUGUCAGCACUACGAUAUACUCUGCAUCCGCCCAAAACGGGCCAAGGCAAAGACGUCAAAGGUCUCAGGCUGUCGAGUCCUCCCAUCCGGAUAUUCGUUCUUGGUGCACGAGCCGAGUCAUCUCUACCCCGCGAAGUGUGGACGCAGCUGUCCUACCUUUUCCCACUUUCCCUGAUUCAUCUCAUCUUCAUUGGGCCCGAGGCAAUGAUGAAUCGAGAUGCCGAGUUUCCUCUACCAGAGAGAACAGCGCAAAAUCCAUUCGGCGCCAUUGUGGAGGAUCGGGUAUCGCCAAAGAUGAAAAUCACCACCUAUGUGGAUUAUUUCCACACUCUGCAUGAGGCAAACGUUUUCUAUCCUUACGACCCAUAUUUCGAUUGCUUCAUGUUAUUUCACCCUGGCCUAGGGCACCCUGCGUCUUCAAUGGAGUGGGAAAGCACCUUGCCUCGACUGCUUGAGACCAAAAUCCCUGUGUUGUGUACAGGAUAUACAGAAUGGGACAUGACCCGCGACUGGCAAUGGGUCAUGGAAAAAUGUGCGGGCGAGGUCGACCUGCUGAUGGAACCCGGGGAGAACAGAUUCCGGUCUCUGAGAUGGGACUUGAAUGACCUUGACCCUCAGGAUAUUAGCUGUGGAAACUGGGGUGUGUGGGCCUUCAGAGGAAAGAGAUACGAAGCAACUCGUCGCGACUUGACCUGA